UUUCAACAUGGCGGCGUCCAGCAGAGAGCAUGUACUGUCAAUCUACAGGCUGCUUCUGAAGGAGAGCAAGAAAUUCCCAUCUUAUAAUUACAGGACGUACGCUCUUCGGCGAGUACGAGAUGCCUUCAGGGAGAACCGGACAGUGAAGGAAGCGCAGCGUGUGGAGGAGCUGCUGAACAUAGCCCGCAAAAACUUAGCCAUCAUACAAAGACAGGUGUGUGUAGGUCAGAUGUAUGAGGCCCAGAAGACGGUGGUGGAGCAGGAGAAGCAGAAGAGCUCCUAAAGUGAUGCUCAACUGUUCAGACUCUUCAAACAAACAGGCUGAUGAGGAUGAUGAAGAUGAUUAUGAGGAAGAUAAAGAUGAUGGAGAACUGCGUUCAGACCUGCAGCAGAACAGAUCGACCAUUCAAUCCUCCUGUUUACAGUGUGCCAUGAACUCUUUGAUUACUCUACUGUCCACACACAGCAUACACAGUAGAAACUGUACAUAGUGUUUUGUUUCUUGUCACGUGUUAUUAGUGUUACAAUAAAGUUAUGUCAGUUACAUGUCUAAAA